CCGUUGCCUGCUCCCAUGUCCGGCACAACCUUUGGAGACACCACUUGUCCGUUGCUCCAGGUGCUGAGGCGCCUCUUCUUCUGCCACCCCCGUGAUAUGCAGCACAGCAGCACUACUAUCAGAUGACACACUGAGCAGUGCAGUACUUGCAUCUGCAAGCCAUAAACCGCAAGAAACAAGGAGUUCUACAUCUUCCUCGUGUUUAUCCGUUGUUUUGAUGCAUUCAUCGCUGAUCUGAAGAAGGUUUUCUUGGCCCCUUCGUUGCAGUUUCAGUUACCGCAAGGCAGUAAUGUUCAGUCCAUUGUUGCCUUGUUGGUGUUAUUGUGUUGAAGUAGUAAUCUUUGGCGCCAAGUGGGUUGCUUAAGACAUUCGGUUUGUGCUGCUUUUUCCAGUUCAUGGAGUGAGCAAGUAUGCUGUGAGAUUCUUGCACGGGUAGCAGCAGGCUUCAUUGAUUUCAGUGCUUUGUUGGUCAGACAUGGGAGGAGCUGGUAUUCUACUUGCCAGAUCCUUGUGAAAGAUUUGGAGUCCGCUUUGCACACUGUUUUCUGGUAUCCAAUAGCUGUCUCAAGCAGCUUUGGUCACCCCCCCCCCCCCUUCGGCUGAUCUAGAAAGGGAGAUGAGUUGGUUAGUUUUGCUUCCAGAUGAUAUUUUCUCCUCCUAGUUAGCAACCAUCAAAAUCUAUAUUCUACUGACGCUGCUACUGUCCUUGAUCACAGAGGGAGAAAACAAUCAAAGAUCAGGCAGAGGCCAGCUUCUAUUAGUGUUUGUUGAUCAAGAGUAGACUGAAGCGGUAACACUGUAGAAAUCUUCUUCUCCAAUGGCAAGGCCAAGCCCUCUCCUCCUGCUCGUCUUCUUCGCAGUGUUACUUGCAUUGCUCCCGGAGACCACGCAGCUCCAGCCCUCGCAGGCAUGGACUCUGUUCAAGAUCCAGCAGCUCCUGAAUCACCCUCCAAUGCUCAGCCACUGGCGCCGCGGUACAGACUUCUGCGGCGGAGGCGGCGGCUCCAUAGGCCCCUUGGGCACGGUCGCCGUCGUGUGCUACGGGGAUACCGUGACGCAGCUGCACAUCGCCGGCGCCGCGGGCUCCCCGCCGCUGCCCGAGAACUUUUCCAUCGGUGACUUUGUCACGACGCUGUCCUGGCUCCCCGACCUCAAGGUUCUCAUGCUGUCCAGUCUCGGCCUCUGGGGCUCCUUGCCGGGCAAGCUCGGCCAGCUCGCAGCGCUGGAGAUACUCAGCAUCAGCGGCAACUACCUCUCCGGCGGCAUCCCGAAGGGCAUGUCGCGGCUCAUCGGCCUCCAGACCCUGGUCCUCAACGACAACAUGCUGGGCGGCGAGGUGCCUGCCUGGAUCGGGACGCUGCCGUCGCUGGCCGUGCUGAGCCUGCGGAACAACUCGCUACAAGGCGCUGUGCCGGAGUCCAUCGGGCGCAUGCCGUCGCUGAGGUCGCUCGUGCUCGCGUCGAACAACCUGUCCGGGAACCUGCCGGACAUGAGCCGGCUGACCAACCUCCAGGUGAUCGACGUCGGCGGCAACUCGCUCGGGCCAGCGUUCCCGAGGCUAGGGAGGAAGGUGGUCACCGUGGUGCUCAGCCGGAACAAGUUCGGCGGCGGCCUCCCGGAGCAGCUGAGCUCCUUCUACCUGCUGGAACGGCUGGACGUGUCAUGGAACCGGUUCGUCGGACCGUUCACGCCAGCACUGCUAUCCCUGCCGUCCAUCCGGUACCUGAGCAUAGCCGGCAAUAGGUUCACUGGGACGCUGUCCGACAAGGCGCUGUGUGGCGGCAACCUCCGGUUCGUCGACCUGUCGACGAACCUCCUCGUGGGGAGCGUGCCCACCUGCUUGACAUCACCGGACAAGAGUCCGGACACGGAGGUGCUCGUCGGGGCCAACUGCUUGGACAACAGCGAUGGUUCACAACACCCGUCACCGUUCUGUCAGAACCAAGCCUUGGCCGUGGGGAUAGUGCCCGGCAAGGAGAGGAAGAGCAUUGCCAGGCAGGCAGGCUUUGUCACCGGCAUUGUCAUGGCGGUUCUUGUCGCUGUUUCCGUUGUCGGUGUCAUGGUCCUCUUCGCCGUGAAGAAGGUGACCGCAAAAGGUGCAAAGGCAAGGGCUCUGGCAACGUCGGUGGAAGAACAUGUUUCCAGUGCUUCCAGUGGCUACCCCUCCAAGUUGCUCGCCGAUGCGCGUUACAUAUCACAAACAGUGAAGCUGGGAGCUCUGGGGAUCCCAUCAUACAGAUCAUUUUCUUUGGUCGAGCUUGAAGCUGCAACAAACAACUUUGAAAACUCUUACCUACUGGGGCAAGAUUCUCAUGGUGAAAUGUAUCGAGGAAGGCUAGGCAACGGCACCCCGGUGACAAUCAGGACUCUGAAGAUCAAGAGGAGCCAGACUUCCCAAAGCUUUAACCGUCACAUUGACACGAUUUCUAGGCUCAGGCAUCAGCACUUGGUCAGCGCUCUAGGACACUGCUUUGAAUAUGAUCUUGAUGAUUCUACUGUGACCCAGUUGUACAUCGUGUUCGAAUACGUGCAAAAUGGGAACCUAAGGAGCAGGAUCUCGCAAGGAACUGAAGGAUGCAAGCUUACUUGGGCACAGAGAAUAUCGGCUGCCAUCGGUGUCACGAAGGGUAUUCAGUUCUUGCACGGAGGGAUCAUACCUGGUAUAGUUGGAAACAAUCUGAGGAUCACCAACAUUCUUCUAGAUCAGAAUCAUGUUGCUAAAAUCGGCAGCUACAAUAUACCAAUCCUGGCAGAGGCCGUGAAACCCCAGAUAGGAGCUGGAAGCAAGUUUCAAAUUGAUAGUCCGAUGUACAGCGAUAAGACUGACAUCUUCGAUUUCGGGGUGAUCCUACUUGAGGUUGUGUCUGGAAGGACCAUCACAUCCAUCUAUGAGGUCGAGAUACUGAAAGAACUGCUGCAAUGGGCGAUCGCCGACGAGGACCGAGUCAGGAGGAGGAGCUUCGUAGACCCGGCGGUGAGGAAAGGAUGUUCAGAUGAAUCACUGAGGACGGUCAUGGAGAUCUGCCUGAGGUGCCUGGCCAAGGAGGCGGCGCAGCGUCCAUCAGUGGAGGACGUGCUCUGGAACCUGCAGUUCGCCGCCCAGGUGCAGGACGACUGGGAAGGGGACGCCCGGAGCAGCGACGGGUCCCCGGUGCCAUCGUCGUCCCGGGUCACCAGGUCGUCUCGGUUGAGCUUGAGCAGAUGAUCAGUUGCCUCUCUGGUCCAGCCAUCAGAUGAUCAUGGCGCACCCAUGAUCAGAUCAGGUGCUGAGAUUUCUGUCUCGUGCAACUAUCUCGGACCAUACGAGACUCUACUGUCAAUUGCAAGAUUUGUUGGGUCAGUGGCUGCAGGCUGCAUCUGAAGAUGGAAAUUUUGAGACACCACACAAGCACACAGCAGCUGAAAUUCACAAACAACUAGUGUGCGGUAUUUUUGUUUUAUCAGUGUAGAGUUUUUUCCUUUCUUUUUGUUCCUUUUUGUUUGAUGUUUUGCUAUCUGGGAGUAACAAUAAUGAUGUGCCUUUGGUGGUUUUCCUCUGGGAGUACAAUAACGGUGUGCUGUGCAAUACCUGUACUGUCUGUCAAUAGUAAAUCUUGUUUCGACCGAUGUAA